AAACUGAAAAUGGAAACCGAGUUCAACACCAGCAAGAACUUUGUGCUCCUUGGCGUUAAAGAGAUGGAAAGUUUUAAAUAUCUUUACUGCUCACUUUUCCUCAUAAUUUACUUCUUCAUUUUGCUGUUUAGCUUCUCGAUCAUCUUUGUGGUGGUGUUUGAUGAAAGCCUUCAUAAGCCCAUGUACACUCUCAUAGCCAGCCUUCUGCUCAACGGCAUAUUUGGGAGUUCGUGUGUCCACCCAAAACUGAUCACUGACUUGUUAUUGUCAUCCAAUGAAAUUUCACAUAUCAACUGUUUCACCCAGGCAUCCUCCGUGACACUUUUUGCCUUCUGUGAAGUCUCCACAUUCACCAUCAUGGCGCAUGACACCUACUUAGCAGUUGGCCACCCUUUAAGAUACCCAACUCUAAUGACAAAUUCAUUGGCUUUGAAAUUAAUCAUGGGAUCUCUGAUCUUCAAUAUCAUCUUACUCUUGCCUAUUUCGUUACUUGCUGCCAGACUCCCAAUUUGUGGGUCUCAUAUCAGUAAUGCAUUUUGUGACAACCCAUCCAUCCUUGUUCUCUCCUGUGUAGAUACAUAUAUCAACAAGUUGUAUGGAAAUGUUACUUUUGUGGGUGAUGUAGUGCUCAUGGUACUACUUGUGUCCCAUUCCUACCUCCGGAUUUUCCUGAUCUGCCUCAAGAUUUCCAAAGACGCCUGUAAGAAAGCCAUUCACACCCUGGUGACCCACCUACUCAAUUUCUCUAUUUUUAUGAUAGGAGCUCUAUUUGUAUUUGUUCGCGUCAGACUAGAGAACAUUAACCUCCCAAUUGUCUACCAUAUACUUCUAUCUAUAAUUAGCUUAAUAUUUCCACCGCUUCUCACCCCUGUAAUAUAUGGAAUAAGGAUGGAAACACUAAAAAUGAAACUCAUUCAUCACUUCCAGCAGGGUGUACAGUAUUUACGAUCUCCUGAGCAUGAUUACUAAG